GCCAGAAAGAAGGCUUAUGUUGCCUUGGAAGCGGCAAGUCUGUCCACAUCUGGAGACCUGGAAGAGAACCCACCGGGCCAAACUAAAGAAGCGGAUGAUGAAAUUGUAGAAAUGCAAGUAACCGAAGAAAAAUCCCAGGUGGGAGAACCUGAAAGGACAGAAACAAGAAGAACUGAAACUGUAGAGGAACUCUACAUGUUGUCCAUUGAAAGCCUGGCCGAAGUAACAGCGCGUUGCAUUGAACAGCUUCAUAAAUUAGCAGAGUUAAUUCUCCAUGGACAAGAAGUUGAAAAGCCAGCCCUGGACCAAGCUCGAGGUCUAACAAAUUUAACAAACACGAUGUGUAACGAAGUGUCAUCCCUCUCACAACAAUUCUCCCAUGUUUUGACUUCGGUUGGG